GGCAGAAUAUCAAUUAUCAACAAAUCGCAAGUUCUCAAAAUAAUAAAUCAUUAUGAUUAUGUAGUAAAAGAAAACAUUCAUUUUUCCUUGCGUAAGUGAUAAGGUUGGAUGUGACAAAUAUAAAAAAAUAUAUCUUCAUGCUCAAAUAAAGUUUGAAUUUGUGUAUUGUAAAUAUGAAUAAUUUUCUAUAUAAAGUUAGUUGUAUAAGUACUAACGCAGGAAUAUUUAGACAUUUUUCCGUGUCAGCGGCUCAAAAUGCCAAUUAUUCAUGCAAAUUACUUGUGGUGGGCGGUGGAUCCGGAGGCUGCACGAUGGCGGCUAAGUUUGCAAGACAUUUGAAAAAAGACUCUGUUAUUGUAUUAGAACCCAGUUCGGAUCACUACUACCAGCCCCUGUUCACGCUGGUGGGCGCCGGGGUGACGUCGGUGGCCGCGACCCGGCGCAGCGCGCGCAGUGUGCUGCCGCCCGCCGCGCGCUGGCUGCAGGACGCGGCCCAGACCAUCCACCCCGAACAGAAUAUGGUCACAACCGCCACAGGGGACACUAUCAACUAUGAAUAUCUCAUCGUGGCGGUUGGAUUGGUCAAUGAUUAUGCCAAAGUUCCCGGUCUGAUCGAAGCGUUAAAAGACAGAAAUAGCGGAGUAUCGACAAUAUACUCCUCCGACUAUUGCGAGAAGACGUGGUCAGACUUUAGGAAUUUCAAGGGUGGCGAGGCGGUGUUCACUUACCCGGAUACGCCCAUCAAGUGUCCCGGUGCGCCGCAAAAGAUCGCAUAUAUGGCUGAUUCAUACUUUACAAAGACGAACGUGCGUUCAAAGUCCAAUAUAACGUACAACACGUUCCUGCCCGUUAUAUUCGGCGUCAAGAAGUACGCCGACGUGCUCAUGAAAAUUGCCCAGCGGAAGAAUAUCAAUGUGAAUUACAAGACCGUGCUAAAAGAGGUUCGCCCCGACAAGAAGGAGGCGGUGUUCUUCAACGCGGACGACAGGACCAAGGAGUGGAGCCAGCCGUACGCGCUGCUGCACGUGACGCCGCCCAUGGCGCCGCCCGCCGUGCUGCGGAGCGCGGCCCACCUGGCCGACAGCGCCGGGUUCCUCGCCGUGGACAAGUUCUCGCUGCAGCACAUCCACUACCCCAACAUAUUCGGCAUCGGGGACUGCACCAACACGCCCAACAGCAAGACCGCGGCCGCCGUCGCGAAGCAGGCGGCGGUGGUGGAGCACAACGCGCGCGCCGCGCUGCGCGGGCGCGGCGGGCGGCGCGCGUACGACGGCUACGGCGCGUGCCCGCUCGUCACGUCGUACCGCACGUGCGUGCUGGCCGAGUUCCUGUACGACGGCGUGCCGCACGAGACCUUCCCCUGUAACUGCAGAUGUAAACUGUUGGUCGUCGGUGGCGGCGCUGGUGGGUGUAGUGUGGCUUGGCGAUUUUCCAAGAAAUUAAAUAAAAAAGACAUUAUCGUAUUGGAACCGAAUGAGGACCAUUACUACCAACCGCUUUUUUCGCUUGUGGGUGCUGGUAUUAAGAAUUUCCCUGAAAGUCACAAACCUUUGAGAUCUGUGUUGCCCCAUAAUGUGAUAUGGCUUCGAGAUCACGCAAGCCAUUUUGACCCUUGCAACAAUGUAGUACAUACUGGCUGUGGAUCCAAAGUGCGAUAUGAUCAUAUGGUUUUGGCAGUCGGCUUGGAAAAUGAUUACGAUCAGAUUCUAGGUUUGAAACAUGCUCUAAGCAACCCCCUUGCUCCAGUCUCUACAAUAUACUCGCCCGAAUACUGCCAAAAAUGUUGGUGUUGUAUACAGAGGUUCAAAGGGGGACAUGCCAUAUUUACAUUUCCUAAACAAGCGGGAAAGUGCUCCGGUGCAGCGCAGAAAAUCAUGUAUCUCGCACAUGAUUUUUGGAAACAGAAAAAUAUCAAUUUAGUAUCAAAUAUUACGUACAAUACUGCCGCAAGCUCUAUAUUCGGAGUACCAAAAUAUGCAGCUGCAUUAAUGAAGGUCGCUCGCAAUAGGAACAUAAUCGUGAACUAUCAACUUGAUCUGAUAGAGGUGACUCCACAGGGGGCUGUCUUUCUUGAUGUCAAUGGUCAGACGAUAACGCUACCUUACAAUUUCCUGCACGUGACUCCGGCCAUGUCUCCGCCGCGCUGCCUGAGCGAGUGCAGGCAGCUGGCGGACGAUACCGGCUACCUGGACGUCGACCACCACACACUGCAGCACAGGCGGUACUCUAACAUAUACGGAUUGGGUGACUGCACUAAUACUCCUAACAGCAAGACUGCGGCUGCUGUUGCUAAACAAAGUCGCGUGUUAGAGCUCAACCUAUGGGACACCAUUUACGGCAAAGAGCCCUCUGCUAAGUACGACGGCUAUGGCGCUUGUCCCAUGCUCACCUCUUACAAGACCGGCAUUCUAGCUGAAUUCAUAUAUGACAAAAAGCUCUGUGAAACGUUUCCAUUUGAUCAGAGUAAAGAACGACGUUCAAUUUAUUACUUGAAUAAGGAAGUGUUGCCAUACAUCUAUUGGAAUAAAUUAAUAAAAGGCAAAUGGAAUGGUCCUACGACACUGCGCAAGUUUAUUAAUCCCUUUGGAAGAUAAAAACUGA